AUGAAUGCCUCAGCAACCAUCCGUGCUUCCUACAUCCGCCAGGCGCGGAUGAGCAUGACGCCUCGCCCAGCCAGCAUAUCAGACAUGGGGGGAGUCCAUCUUGAGCCACGUCCCGCUUCAACCGAGAAACUCGAGUCUUUUGUACACGUCGAUUACGUCGAACACCGCGACAAAUGCCAUUCGGAGCGCAUCGCACAACCUAUUGUCUUCGACAUUGAGAACAACCUCGACAGCGAGCAGGCAUACAUUGACAACCGCUACCUCGAAAACACAUCGAUCAUGGAAUGGGACAACAACAACUCAAUCAGGGUACGGCUCAAGACCAUGUUUACCGUCUUCCCUUACCGCGACCCCAUUUACCUAGUGGCAAUCAUCUUCCUUAUUGGCUCGAUCGAUCUUGUGAUCAACGCUUUCUUCGAGCUGCUGCCUCGCGUCAUGCCAUCUACCGUGUUCGAAACCGAGGAUACGGUCGCUGUUCCUACUACGGUGUUGAUCGGAUCAAUCUUCUUCUUCGUGGCUGGCAUCUUCGACACCUUCAGCGCCCUCAAUAUUGACCGCGGCACACUCGAAACGUCGAAAUGGGAUCCCGAGAGAGUCAAAUACCGCCCAGCACUCCUCGGCACACCAGAGUUCAAGUGGAUACCUUCAUGGCCAAAGGCGUUGGACUUGACGAAGAACAACUUGGCCUUUCAGGCAGGUCUUAUCGUUCUCUUCGGCGGUGUUAUCUUCAUGUUUGCCGGCAUCGUCGAAUUUCCUGGACUAGUAUCAGAAGAAGAUCCCUCAUUUGGUCUCGUCGUCUUUGGGCCGCAGGUUAUACAUGGCGCCCUCUUCCUAGGCGCAAACGCUAUGCUGGCAGUAUUUGAACAAGAGCGCUGGUACAAGCCCAAAUGGUCUGAUCCAGAUUGGCAGAGCGCAUUCUUGAAUGCGAUGGGUGGACUCGGCUUCAUGGUGUCUGGUUUCUUUCUGUUCCAAAGGGGAGAGACACAGGAACAAGGUGAACUCAACGCAGCUAUUGCCGCAAUGGCAGGUAGCUGGGCUUUCCUGAUUGGCAGCGUAAUUAGAUGGUAUGUCGUUAUGGAGUUCUGGUAG